AUGGGAUUAAUAGGAAGUAUCAUUGCUUUGCUCAUGUAUUCUUCUCCCAUAACUACUUUUAGAAGAAUCAUAAGAAAGGGAAGCACGGAGGAUUUUUCAGGGACUCCUUAUGCAAUAGCACUCUUCAAUUGCCUUAUCUAUUCCUUGUAUGGAUCGCCUCUUAUCAGCAAUGAGUGGGACAAUGCUCUUGUCAUGUUUGUCAACUGCAUUGGCCUGGUUCUUGAGUGUUGCUUCAUUGCCAUCUUUCUCAUCUUUGCUCCCUCUAGAACCAAGUGCACUGUUCUGUUGGCUAUCGAUCUUUUUGAGUUUGCUUUUUCUGUUUCUAAUUUACAAGGGCCCUCUUUGGUGUUAACGGCGAGGAUGGUGGUGGGUGUGGUGAUGGUGUUUGGCAGUAUCGCGACGGUUUCAUUUGUGGCGAUGCAUGAUCGCAAGCACAAGCAGUUUCUGGUGGGCACAGCAGGAAUGGUAGCCACUGUCGUUCUAUACAGCGCUCCACUAUCCAUUAUUAAACUGGUGAUUCAAACCAAGAGCGUGGAGUUCAUGCCUUUUAAUUUGUCCUUCUUCGCCUUUGCCGCCAGUCUCUUGUGGCUCGCAUAUGGUUUUAUUGCUAAAGACAUUAUGAUCAUGGCCCCAAACUUUGUAGGACUUCCAUUGGGUUUGGCUCAGAUGGUGAUAUACUGUAUUUAUAGGGGUAAGAGUGUGCAAAUCAGAGAGGAAAUAAAUGAUCAAGGAGAUAAAGUGUUCACAGAAACAACAGAAUACCCUGCUUAUCCAGACGUAGAAAUGCAAUUAGAAGAAAAAUCAGUGACACUUGCUCAUGAAGUAGUCGUGGAAAUGAAGUGA